UAUCAUAGUAAUUAGGUUUUUGCGCGUUUCUGUUGGAAUCUUAUAAAUUCUACACGGAAGUAUAAACAAUCUACCGGAUGUCACGUAGGAUUUAACCAUGGCAGAUCCGGGAAACAAAAAUAAUAGCAAACUCGAUAAGCAAAACAUGUAUUUUAAUAUUCAACAUACGCUAGAUAUGAAACAUUUAGAAAAAGAAGGCAUUAAAAACACAUUGGAAAGUGGAAAGGGCACUUUCGACAAACUCACAACUUCGGAAUAUUGUGAAAAGUUGCAGAAGUGGAUGUGGCAGUACUACGCUGGAUAUGUGAACUGGCAAAUUUGGCCGACGGCGUCUGCAAUGUCUGCUCCUCCGUAUUUUGCGACGCUACAAUUCACGGCUCCUGUUUGGCCUGCGGAUUUCCCAAACGUUGAUGCCCAGAACUGGUAUAAUAAUCCGUUUGGACUCCCCUUAUCGUCGUUUCCACCCGGUAUUACCGCGACUGGAAGUCCGCCUGGGGAAACGGCUGGGAGCGGUGCUGUGUCCACCUCACUACCGGUGCAGCAACAACCACACCACAACGGCAAUGUCCAACGUCCAGGUCGAGAAUACAGUAUUCCAUCUCCUCUUCAAAGGUUCAUGGCUGAGAUGGUGGAUUUCUUCAUCCUAUUCUUCAUCAAGGCAACUAUUAUCCUCAGUCUCAUGCAUCUGAGUGGGAUGAAAGACAUGUCUGCCAAGUUUGCCAUGCAUUUCAUUGUGGAGGAGAUAGAUGAGGACACGUCCAUGGAGGAGCUCCAGAAGAUGAUGCUGGUGGCCCUGGUUUAUCGGAUAUUAGUGUGUUUCUAUGAGAUUGUAUGUAUUUGGGGGGCAGGUGGAGCCACUCCAGGGAAGUUUCUUAUCGGCCUCAAGGUUGUCACCUGUGACUCGUCAGUCUUAAUUCAACCCAACAGAGUUCUUGUGGUGCCUGCCACUAAUGUUGCUUUUUCUGCAUCAACAGUCCGAGCUUUGAAUAAAAACUUCUCCAUAGCCUUUUUCUUCCCAGCCUUCAUCACCCUCCUCUUCUUCCAACACAACAGGACUGUGUAUGAUAUGGUGGCCGGCACAAUCGUUGUCAAGCGCCAUGGAGCUAGAUGACCAAUCUGUUUGGUUAUUAAACCAUGGAGUCACAAUGAGUCAAGGCCUGGCUGGAUACCAUUUUAUUUCAACAGAGUUAUGUUGCUAUCUAAACCUUCUGGUACAAAUGCAACUUAGUGUUACUAUGACAAGGUGCUGUCAGCUUUCCACAACUUUAGGCAGCAACAACAGAACCCGAAACCAUAGAAAUAAAAUACAGAAUAAUUUUUAUUCUAUGCUCGGAACCACUGCAAAAGAAUGGGAGAAGCUCAACGCAAGGCAGGGAACAGGAAAUACAGCGGCAGUAUGCAAUUCCCUGGCUCUCGUGUGAACCAUCAGGGUGUCUAGAAAUAUUACUAGUUUCCCAACAGCUGUACUGUGGUUUUCUUUGAGUGCCCGAAAUCAGUGCUUUCUUUAAGCGGGAUUAUUGAUUCAAUGCUUUUUGAUUUGCGCAACAGCAUUGUAUAUUAGCGCACAUAACUUAGGAGGCAGUAAAUUUAACACAUUUAUUCAGGAUGAAUUUGUUCAUUUAACUGAUUGUUUAUCUUUUAAACAAUAAUUAAUUUGUACGAUCAAGAAGUCAAAGACAUGAGGUGUAUUUUGUCGUAUUAGCAUAUUGAUUACAUUUUAUGAUUUGGCUUAUGAAUAUUACUGCUUGGGAACACUCCUGCAACAGAAAGGAGUGUACAUGUUCUUCAUCACUUUAACUUAUUUUAUCCGUCUGAUAUACUCUUGGUUAUUUAUGGUCUCAAUUGGUUUCGUCAAAUGGGUAAGAUGAUGUGUGGACAAAUCUUGUCCUCUGUGUCCAAGUUAGCCACAGAGAUGAAAACCGAUAAAUGUUGUAUGAAAACAUUUCUCACAGUAUAACCAACAUUGAAGAUAUUUCUACCAUAUGGUGUGCCAUUUCAGAACUUUUGACAAAACCCAGUGUACAUCCCUCGAAUGGCAACCUGUUUGCCCUAGUGCACCAUGUAAGAAAUAGGUACAGAUAUUAUAUUCUGAGUAUUCUACCAAGAUAUAUUGUCAUUUUCAUGAGAAGAUUGUCAGCUAGCUAUGAUUCUCAUUUUAGUUUUACCUGCUUUUUAAAUGUUUCCAUGGUUGUAAUUAAAACAUUUGCCUUUAUACACAGUAUACACUGUGUGUACAGUAUUGCUGUUGAAACAUGAUUUUCCUAUAGCAUGAUUUUAUAUUUGCACACUGAGGUUAAAAUAACACUUGGAAAAUCCUACUGUAACAAUGGCCAUUUUGUGUAAUCUGAGAAAGAUUUCUGACAUUUCAGCAAUAUUUGAUGCAAAAUGUGGUUUAAUUAUAUUAGUCCAAUGGCUGUUAUCUGGUUAAGGGUGCGGGCUGUAGACAAUCAGCUAAUCAGAGCUGUGUGUUUAAAUGUUUCCAACUUGUUUUAAUUACACCAACAUGAUCAGGUCCAGAUUUCCACAGGCCAAAAUAGGCUCAGGGAAAUAAACAUUAUUUUCAAUAAAUAAACACUUGGAUUUUUUGACAUACAGUGGUGAUUAAAAAAUAAUCCAAAGGCUGCAUAGAGACCUAAAAUGUAAUUAAAACUGUCUUAAUUCAGUUUCAACUUUUAUUACUAGGCUACGUCUUAUACCACGAAAUGAUGACAGUAUUGCUGUAUUUUAUUUGCAAUUUAAUAAAUGUGUGAGACAUUA